GUCUCGAUCCAAUUCCCUUCCGUUCAUAAAAUUCAACAAAUAUCGAUUCGCCCAACAAAUCACAAGGACGAACCAAAUCAUGCUUCAAACCCUAGCUUACGCUCCUCCCCAUUCAUCACAUACUCCCAUGAAACAGUAAAAACUACCUACAAAUCCGGAUGAUACAUACAUGGCUUCCUCUAAGUUGAUGAUGAAGAUGUCGUCGUCUACUUCGAGAAAUUCGGAUCUAAUCAGACGAAAAUCCUCUAAUUCUUCCUCUUCUUCCUCCUCAACAAAUCACCACCACCAUCACAAACACCCUAGCAUCAGAAUCAAUAACAAUUCUGGCGUCUUCGACAUGACCGUUGACGGUCUUUUGCCAACCGUUCACAACAACAACGAACAACAAGCUCCUGAGAGUACUUUGUUGGAUGCAGAAAUUACUCUGUUAGACGCUGCGGGUGCCGUUACUGCAAUUAACGAUACCGACACCCCCGCCGCUGUUAGCCGUCAAGAACGUGUCCGUACUUCAUCAAAUGGUGGACAAAAGACUGUGGAUGAUGUUUGGAAGGAGAUUGUGGCAGGCCGGAGUUGUAAGCAGGAGGUGCCAGACGAGAUGAUGACUUUAGAAGAUUUCUUGGCUAAGGCUGGGGCAGUGGAGGAAGAGGACGUGAAAAUCCCCCCUCCACCUUUACCUAGUGAGAGAUUAAGUGGAGGGAUUUUCAGUUUUGAUAAUCCUAUUCAUCCACCCAAUGUGGAUGGUGUGGUAGGAUUUGGGAUUGGAGUGGACGAGAUGGGAGGUAGAGGGAAAAGAAGAGCAAUCUUGGAGCCAUUAGAUAAGGCUGCACAGCAGAGGCAGAGAAGAAUGAUUAAGAAUAGAGAGUCUGCUGCAAGGUCGAGAGAACGGAAGCAGGCAUACCAAGCUGAACUGGAAUCAUUAGCAGUGAAAUUGGAAGAGGAGAACGAGACUUUAUUGAAAGCAAAGGCAGAGCAGACUAGAAAAAGGUAUAAACAGCUGAUGGAGAACAUAAUUCCAGUUACAGAGAAACAAAAAGGAACAAGAUGUGUGUUGAGGAAAGUUAGGUCCAUGGAGUGGUAAUAAUAACAGCCAUCCAAAGACAAAAUUCCAUUACAACUGAGAAAAGAUGAUGAUGAUGAUGAUGAUGAUGAUAUCUAGGACAGGAACAGGAGUAAAUAUCAAUUAGAUGUUGUAAAGGGAAUGUAUCCAUCUGCUUACCAGAAUUGUUACUUGCUACUUCACUAAAAACUUUUCUAGCUUUUCCUUUUGUGUUAUCGUGUUCGAAUCUAGACAUUAUCCACCUGUCACAUGAUGGUUGCGGAACCGAAUUACGUUACCAAGAUUUGGUUGAUGAUUUCCAAAUUGUUGUUCUAUG